GUCUCUGUCUGCAGGAGGAGGCUGAGCAAUGAAUAAGCUACGGCAGAGCUUCCGGCGAAAGAAAGACGUUUACGUGCCCGAGUCCAGCCGGCCGCACCAGUGGCAGACAGACGAGGAGGCCGUGCGCGGGGGCAAGUGCAGCUUUGCUGUGAAGUAUCUGGGGCACGUGGAGGUCGAUGAGUCUCGUGGCAUGCACAUCUGUGAAGAAGCCGUCAAGAGAUUGAAGACGGACAGAAAGUUCUUCAAGGGCUUCUUUGCAAAAGCGGGUAAGAAGGCUGUGCGCGCGGUGCUCUGGGUGUCUGCAGAUGGCCUGAGGGUCGUAGAUGACAAGACAAAGGAUCUGAUCCUGGACCAGACGAUAGAGAAGGUUUCCUUCUGUGCGCCGGACCGUAACUUUGAGCACGCCUUCUCCUACAUCUGCAGAGACGGGACCACACGCCGCUGGAUCUGCCACUGUUUCAUGGCCGUCAAAGACUCGGGCGAGCGUCUGAGCCAUGCGGUGGGCUGUGCGUUUGCCGCGUGUCUGGAGCGGAAACAGAAGCGGGAGAAAGAGUGCGGGGUCACGGCCACCUUCGAUGCCAACCGCACCACCUUCACACGGGAGGGCUCGUUCCGCGUCACCACCGCCACCGAGCAGGCGGAGCGAGAGGAGGUCAUGCGGCAGCUGCAGGACGCCAAGAAAGACUCUGAGUGUGUGUUGAGCAUCUCCUCUGUGGGCGUAUCAAACCCUGCGGUCUCCCUGGUGGGACCCAACGACUCGUCGUCCUCGCCGCCUCUGUCCAUGAACACACUGGCCCCUCAGGACGUCAAUCCUCACGCCAUCCCCCGACGCCACGCGCCCGUGGAGGCUCUCGCUCGCCAGGGCUCGUUCCGCGGCUUCCCGGCGCUCAGCCAGAAGACCUCUCCCUUCAAACGCCAGAUGUCCCUGCGCAUGAACGAGCUGCCGUCCACCAUGCAGCGCAAGUCGGACUUCCCCAGCAAGAACACUGUGCCGGAGGUGGAGGGAGAGGGCGACAGCAUCAGCUCUCUGUGCACUCAGAUCACAUCCACCUUCAGUGGGCCUCCAGAGGACCCGUUCUCCUCGGCACCGAUGCCCAAACACACCUCCUCACCACAGUCGCCCGCUGCUCCAGUCAACGGAGCAGUUCCUGCUUUCCCGCCGCCUAGCGUCACAGUCUCCGCUGCCGCUAACUCUCCCGUGCUGCCGCCCCCGCUGCCUGUGCGAGAGACUAACCCCUGGGCCAAGACCCCAAACACAGCCCACACAGCACAUAUAGGGAGCGAGUGGCCAAAUCCUGCACCUGCCGUGGGAGCCCUUCCUGCAGUCAGCGCAACUCUCUCCGCACCCUCCCACAAACGCACGCCAUCGGAAGCGGACCGCUGGCUGGAGGAGGUGUCCAAGUCUGUGCGUGUCCACCAACCCGCCGGCGCCGUGAGAACCGACACGCCUCCCACUCAGCAACCCUUCCCCCCACCUUCUGCCCCCUUCAUCCCUCCGCCUGCCCCUUCUGCCCCCUUCAUCCCUCCGCCUGCCCCUUCUGCCCCCUUCAUCCCUCCGUCCGCAGUCCCUGCCGUUCCCCCCCGCCAGCCGGCCUUCCCAGUAUCCAACGGGAUCCCCUUCAUGCAACCAACAUUCCCGCUAGUCGGCAUCACACCUUCACAGAUGGUGGCAAACGUGUUCGGAUCCGCCACGCAAACCCAACCCAUCCCGGUGCCUGUUCCAGUUCCCCAGUCCUCCCCGUUCUCGACACCACCACCCGCGCAGUUCGACACCCAAACCGUGUCCAGCCCCUUCGGAAAACCAUUCCUACCUCCGGUGUCCAACGCCACAGCAUUGCAGCCUCCCAAAAGCAGUGUGGCUUUUAACGGGGCGAGCAACUGGGCGGCUCAGUCUAAUGCAGUUCAGCAUCCAGCCGAUGCCUUCGAGGCCCAGUGGGCCGCACUGGAGACCCGCUCGCAACAGCGCACCGCUCCUUCGCCCACAAACCCCUUCUCCAGCGAGCUCCACAAGACCUUCGAGAUCCAACUCUAAAGACACACAGCGUGGCCGAGAGUCACAGAGCGACACGAUGAACAUUAAUGCAGAGACGACUAUAGAGUGAACGACCCGAAACCACUUCAGCUUCAUCUCUCUCUCUCUCUCUCUCUCUCUCUCUCUCUCUCUGUCUUUCAAUUUCUUUGCCUGUUCGUCCAUGUUUUGGUUUUUGCUCGUGACAUGAACAAAUGGAGACGUGGGGGUUGAUGAAGGUGCCCCCAAAAACGGUUACGCCGAAUUUGUGUCCGAGAUUAAUCAUAGCGACAAGAUGGUGGUAAAAGGAUUCUUUUGAUGCUCUAAUGCGACCCCUAUAUUAUUUAGGACUCCCUGGGCCCCGACUGACCCGUCUCACAGCGCCCCCUAGCAGGCUGGAUGAAUGAAUGCUCCCUAUCAGAAGGACGAGGCACUUCGCAGACCUUCCGGGUUCACAAGGUUCUUGUAGAACUUCGCAAUCAGAAGAGGAAGAAGCAAAGAGAAUGCCAAAAUCUUUAUUUUUAUGCAUUAAGUAUAUUUUAAAUAGCUUUGAAAAAUUAACUGAAGAGCUGUAAAUAAUCUUUCCAAAGGUGCAGGCUUAUUUUGUGUGCAUACAGGAAAAGAGCAAAUAUAUACAUAUAUAUAUAUAUAGGCGUGAGGGAUGGUUUUCAUCUCUUUCUUUAUUCGGUUUUAGUCUUCUGGCCACCAUGCAUAUAGUUUGGGAUGUUGUAGAUAAUGGAAAUGGACCCCGGCUGGGUUUGAGGACCUUUUAAAUCACACAGGUCCCAGACGACGUUAUCUGUCUUUCAUGCUGUCAUUUUAAGCUUUUUUUUUUUGUACUAUAGUAUCAGUACUUUGAUUUAUAUUGCAACAUAUUAUUAUAGUUUUUUUUUAGCACAUUUUUAAUGAAUUUUAACACUAUUGAAAAUGUCAUCUUUUAUUUUAUUCCGAUAAGAAGAUAUCUUAUUCAUGUUAGCACAAGCACUGUACUAAUCGAUCAUUUGGCCACCUGUGGGAUUAGUGCGCUACGAUGUUCACUCUCUUGAAAUGACCUGUGGUUCCAACUCUGAUAUGAUUGCAGUGACUUUUUUAAUUUUUUUUCAUUCUCUGCUUUUCAUGCAAUUCCACUUUUGUUUUAUCAGACAUGAAGAUGAUUGGCCCUGUUUUUAGGUUUUGAUUCCAUUUUGUAAGUAUUGCAUUGUAUUAUUCCAAUUCUUUACGAAAAAUUUAAUCUAAAAGAUUAAAUAAAAUGUUG